GUCAGCAGAGCUUGUAUCAGGGACCUUCCCACUUUCCUCGCUCACACUCCCGGCCUUCCCUCCCUGCGGGAAGGCUCCCAUCCCAGGCCCAGCCAGUGUCUCCUCUCCAGGACAGAUGUGGAGGAGGAGGCAGAGUAAAACCGGCCAUCGCUCAGUGAGCACAUGCUACGCCCCAGGCCCCGGAGGGGAACAGGCUUUUUUCCUGUUUCGUGGAAAUGUUUGUGCUGCCAAGAGUCCAGCAGAAGAGAGACAGGAGAGGAAGACAGCACCUGCAUGGUCCCAGGUGCCGGGCGUUUCGUGGGGAGUUCCAAGCUGGGAACAGAGGCCUUUCCCUGUUGCUCAGAAGGCUGCAUGGAGGGACAGCCAGGUGCGGGUGAUGGAGAAUACCGUGGCCAACACCGAGAAGUACUUUGGGCAGUUCUGCUCGCUGCUGGCCGCCUACACACGCAAGACGGCCCGGCUGCGGGACAAGGCGGACCAGCUGGUCAAGCAGCUCAUCGACUUCGCCAACUCCGAGAACCCCGAGCUGCGGGCCACCAUGAGGGGCUUCGCCGAGGACCUGGCCAAAGUGCAGGAUUACCGGCAGGCCCAGGUUGAGAGGCUGGAGACUAAGGUGGUCAACCCCCUGAAGCUCUACGGGGCACAGAUCAAGCAGACACGGGCUGAGAUCAAGAAAUUCAAACAUGUCCAAAAUCAUGAGAUCAAACAACUGGAAAAACUGGAGAAACUGAGGCAGAAGUCACCCUCAGAUCGGCAAAUGAUCUCCCAGGCGGAGACCAGAGUGCAGAGAGCCGCUGUGGACUCCAGCCGCACCACCCUCCAGCUGGAGGAGACGGUGGAUGCCUUUCAGAGGCAGAAGCUCAAGGACCUGCAGAAAUUUUUUUCUGAUUUUGUAACUAUUGAGAUGGUUUUCCAUGCCAAAGCAGUGGAGGUGUAUUCUAGCGCCUUCCAGACCCUGGAGAAGUAUGACUUGGAGAGGGAUCUACAGGAUUUUAGAGCCAAGAUGCAAGGAGUUUAUGGGCAUUAUGACACUUGGCCGCUUGCCAACACCAACCCCUCUCCAUCUGUGCUUCAGUCUCUCGCCAGCCAGAGUGCUCAGAGCACCAUACGGAGCCCAGGAAAAGAAGGGGAGGAGAGUGAGGACAACUCCAUGGAGGAGGCCCCCGUGGAGGACCUCAGGUCACUGGGGCAGGGACCCCAUAAUAGAGAACUGCCCACAACAGUCAGAAGAACUUAGCUGGCCUUGGAUCCUCAGGUGGGCUCUGCUGUGUGCCCUCAGGCAAGCCACAUGUCCUCUGAGCCUCAGUUUCCUCAUCUGUACCACAGGGCCAAUAUCACUCACUUCACAGGUUGCUCUGGGGGAUCGCUGUGCCUGGCACAUAGUAGGUGUUCAAUAAAUGCCCUAUGACUCUCAGCUUGA